AUGCCGGUUCCCAGCAGGCAUAUAAAUAUUGGUCGAUCUCAGAGCUGGGAUGCCGCCGGUUGGUACGAGGGCCCCUGGGAGGUCGCUGAGGCUCCCGGGAGGAGAAGCUCUCUGACGGACGGAGGCGGAGAGGGCCCUUGGUACCCUGGGCUGCGGGAUGUCGCUAUGCCCGGGGCGGCUGAGCCCUGCCUCUACCGGGAGGCCUUCUACAGCACAGCAGCCGGAAGGAAGAGCUCCGUCCCUGACUUCGCCUUUUACGACAGCAGACAGGCGGUGAUGUCGGCCCGCGGGGCCCUGCUGCCCGGGGAUUACUACAGUGACCUGGCUGGAGCCGCCCGGGCACCCGGCGAGCCUCCACACCAUCGCCACCCGGGAGCUGGCCAGCCGCUGCCCAGUUACGGAGCGCCGGGCAGCAGGAUGACGUGGGAGCCAGUGGCAGGCCGGGGCCCUGUCCUGCAGGACGCCGGUCACCUGUACCGGGACCCUGGAGGUAAAAUGAUCCCCCAGGGGCAGCGAUCACACAGCAGGGCCCCUUCGCCCGUGCGGUACGUCGGGGAGCCGGCCGACAGCAGGUACGGGGCAGAGGCGCCUGCUUACCCCACCAGCCAGGUCUACAACGAUGCGGGCGAGAGGCCGGUGGAUUCUGCCACCUCCAGGCAGGCGGCACCCACGUGCCUGGUUGUGGACCCGGGAGCAGCAGCUGCCUCGGGGAUCGGCAUGGGGACCGCCCCUGGCGCCCCACCCCGAGGCUACGGGCCGGCCCGGGAAGGCGUCCACCCCAGGAUGGCUUACGAGAGGUGCGAAGCCGACCCACCUGCCUUCCAGGGGCCUGGGGGCAGCAAGAGGAGCGUGAUGCCGGAGUUCCUGGCCCUCCUGCGGGCGGAAGGCGUGGCGGAGGCCACGCUGGUAGCCCUGCUACAACAAGGCUUCGACUCCCCGGCGGUCCUGGCCACCAUGGAGGACGCGGACAUCAAGUGCGUGGCGCCCAACCUGGGCCAGGCCCGCGUGCUGAGCCGCCUGGCCAGCGGCUGCCGGACGGAGAUGCAGCUGCGCAGGCAGGGCCGGGGGGCACCCCUGCCCCGUACGCGCUCCAGCAGCUUCAGCCACCGCAGCGAGCCCCAGGGCGACCCGGCCAGCCUAGGCGCCGCAGCCCUGCAGCCCCAGCCCCAGGCGGGGCCCCUGCAGACAACGUCCCCUCGGGCUGCAGACCCUGCUCACCGCCGCCCCUCCAGCGCGCCUUCCCAGCACCUCCUGGAGACCGCCGCUACCUACUCUGCCCCCGGGGUGGGCGCCCAAGCCGCCCACUUCCCGUCCAACUCGGGGUACAGCUCCCCCACCCCUUGCGCCCUGACCGCGCGCCCGGGCCCCGCGUACCCGCUGCAGGCCGGCGUGCCCUUGACUCACCCGGGCCCCAGGACUGCCUACUCAACGGCGUACACGGUGCCAAUGGAACUGCUGAAACGGGAGCGGGGCGCAGCGGCCUCCCCCGUGCCCAGCCCCCACGGCAGCCCCCAGCUCCUGCGGAAGCCCGGCAUGCCCUUGGAGCCCCCCGCCCUGCCGCCAGCCAGCCAGAGCCUCCACACACCUCACUCGCCCUACCAGAAGGUGGCCCGGCGGACAGGGGCCCCCAUCAUCGUGUCCACCAUGCUGGCCCCGGAACCAAGUAUCCGCCCCCAGAUCAUGAACGGCCCCCUGCACCCCCGCCCCCUGGUGGCACUGCUUGACGGCAGAGACUGCACCGUGGAGAUGCCCAUCCUGAAGGACCUGGCCACCGUGGCCUUCUGCGACGCACAGUCCACCCAGGAAAUCCACGAGAAGGAGGGCAGCUCCCCUCGAGCGCACCCUAGGGCUGGGACAGGUCGCGGGCGUCUCGCCCCAGAGUCCGGCAAGGAGCAGGAUGAGGCGGAUGGCGGCUGGCGAGAGCCCGGGCCCAGACCACGCACCGUCCCUCUGAGCCUGUAUGGCAGGCUCGCUGAUCUGGUGUCCAGUCUGGCCCAGGUCAGCAGGACAGCUGCAGGGUCCCGGUGCUGCAGCCCUGGUGUUUCCCGGGUUCCUGCGCCUGGGAUUCAGGCGGACCUUUGCAGCCAGGCCACCAGGCUGGGCCGUUUGGACACCUGCGUCCCUCCUGGAAAGCUGCUUAAGAGGCUGCCUCGGGCCUUUGUUGGGGCAGGGUCGGGGGGUCGUCGCAGGCCUGCUGGGCAGCUGGAGGGGCUGUCCCUCCCCCACCUGACAAAUAGUCUCCUCCUCCCGCCAGUGAGGAAGACCCGAGGGCUCAAUCUUCUGAGUGGCUCUCCGCCCUGCAACGCUUUGAAAAAGCCGGUGGGCACCUGUCGCUUGGUCUUUCUGCCCAAGCGGGACGGGGUUGGGGUCCACAGGACAAAGGUGGGGCUGGACCACAGAUCCAGCCCAGCCCAGCCCAUGGGCCUUGAAGGGAUCGCCGUGUGCAACAUCCCGUCCGCGGCGGUGGAGGAGACGGCGGACUCGACCAUCUGCCACAUCCUUAACCUGUACCGGCGGAACACCUGGCUAUACCAGGCGCUGCGGGAAGGCACGCGGGUGCAGAGCGUCGAGCAGAUCCGGGAGGUCGCCUCGGGGGCCGCACGCAUCCGCGGGGAGACGCUGGGCCUCAUUGGCUUCGGUCGCACAGGGCAGGCGGUUGCCGUUCGAGCCAAGGCCUUUGGAUUCAGCGUCCUAUUUUAUGACCCCUACUUGCAGGAUGGGACGGAGCGGUCCCUGGGCGUGCAGAGGGUCUAUACCCUGCAGGACUUACUGUACCAGAGCGACUGCGUCUCCCUGCACUGCAAUCUCAACGAACAUAACCACCACCUCAUCAAUGACUUCACCAUAAAGCAGAUGAGGCAAGGCGCCUUCCUAGUGAACGCGGCCCGCGGAGGACUGGUGGAUGAGAAAGCCUUAGCCCAAGCCCUCAAAGAAGGCAGGAUACGAGGGGCGGCCCUCGACGUGCACGAGUCGGAGCCUUUCAGCUUUGCUCAGGGUCCCUUGAAAGAUGCACCGAAUCUCAUCUGUACCCCCCACACAGCCUGGUACAGUGAGCAAGCCUCACUGGAGAUGCGGGAGGCAGCCGCCACCGAGAUCCGCCGGGCCAUCACGGGUCGCAUCCCAGAGAGCUUAAGAAACUGUGUGAACAAGGAAUUCUUUGUCACAACAGCUCCCUGGUCAGUAAUAGAUCAGCAAGCAAUUCAUCCAGAGCUCAAUGGUGCCACAUACAGAUACCCGCCAGGCAUCGUGGGCGUGGCUCCGGGAGGACUUCCUGCUGCCAUGGAAGGGAUCAUCCCCGGAGGCAUCCCGGUGACCCACAACCUCCCCACAGUGGCACAUCCCUCCCAAGCUCCCUCUCCCAACCAGCCCACGAAACACGGGGACAAUCGAGAGCACCCCAACGAGCAAUAGCAGCGAGUGACGAAAGGUAAUCAUUCAGAUACACCUGGGACCAAGAGACAGUGAAAAAUAAAUGAACUAAGAGAAAAGGAAUUUGACAGUCUUUUUAACUGAUUCUGGACAUAUGCAUCAUUGACGUUGCAGUGUUACAACUACAAAAGAGCUAGAAGCCGAGACGUGGGAAAACUGAAGAUGUUGUCGUCUGCUUGCGGAAGCGCUGAAAGAGACUAGGACGUGAUUUAUUAACGACCAACUUCUGUUAUUGUGUGUUAAGUUUUUCAUCUGUGCAUCAAAUCACAAAGAAUAAAUAGAUCUUUUUCCUUUAUCAGUCCCUUGGGCACAGGAGGUCCUGAACACCUUGCUCUAGAAUGUUGCAUCAAGAGUUCCAAACAUCAAAAUAAAAUAUUAAGAGGAAAUCCCCACCCUAUGACUCUAGUCCCUUCGGUCCACGGGGCUGGUUACCUCUUUUGCUAAUAGGAAGAUUAAAUUACUACAAAAUGGGGAGAAAGCUGUCUGCCUGUGUUAGACACCGCAAGCACAGGAUUGAAGACAGUACAGGCUCCUGUACAGAGAAUUCUCUCCCAUCUGAACUGCAUACUGAGCGGGCAAGUUGAUUGUGAGUUCAGUAAAACCCUCUGAUGAUGCAAAAAAGAAAAAAGUAUUAAGUUUCACAAGCUGUUUGUACUCAAAUAUAUUUUCUCAGUUUCAGAUCCUCAGCUAUUUUAUUGAGUGGAAAGUCUUGAACUGAAAGGGUUCAAGAAGAAUAAUGUUGCAUUUCCUUAUGUCUCAGGAAACACUUUUUAUGGUAACUUGUCAGAUUGUCUAUGAACAAACCCACUUUUUUAGACAUUGAUAAAGUCUUCUUUUCUUCACGUGAUAUUUUAUACAAGAACACUUCAGGUGUGUUAUUAGAUGUGACUGAUUUUAACAAAUCCUAUUAGAUUUGUAUCAACUAGUUACAUGUUAUAUUCAUAGUCUUUUGUGAAUCAUCACCUUUUUGUUUAAAAGAUGGCCUAUUUUGAGCCUUUGUAUAGGUACAUUCCUGUUUUUGUGACAAAAAAAAAAAAACCUUUAAAACUGUCCCAAACAGAAAAAUAAUGGCUAUCAGAAAUAUGUUUUGUUUUAGUGUGAGUUACCGUUACUGUAUUUGUUUAUUGUAAAGGUGGACAUUUAGCGUUCAGUGCAGUUUUCAAUAAAAAGUAAUAAAAAUUUCUGUUAAGCUUUGAAA